AUGGAUCACCCAGCAGCUGCACAGGAGAGAUUACUGAACGAGAAACUGACGCAGAAGCUCAAUGAGGUCAACGCCGCCGCCCAAACUCAUCUAGCCGGUGUACAAGACCACAUCAAUUUCACUCUACAGCAAGCGUACUUCAAGUGUGCAUAUGAGUGUUUCGACCGGAAAAAGAACCAGAAUGAGAUCGGCAACUGCGUGGAGCAGUGCAGUGUGCCCGUGGUGAAUGCCCAGAAUCUUGUCGAAAACGAAAUGGCUAGAUUUCAGGAAAAACUGAGCAGGUCUCUCACAGUCUGCCAAGACAAAUACGAGGCAGCCAAGCUCCAGAAGAACAGUAACCCUUCAAUGCAGGAACUCAUGCUGGAUAGGAACCAAUCCAUGCAGGAUCUGGAGUCGUGCGUCGAACAAUCUGUUCAAGACAGCAUCAACAUGAUGCCACAUGUGGCCGGGAAAUUAAAGGCAUAUUUGUCACUCCAAGAUUAG